GCUUUCAUUUCAAUCAGAUCACAAACAAAAAGAAAACCAACAAAUUACCAGAAACAACAAACACAUUUCUAUAUAUAUAUAUAUAUAUAAGCUCAUAUGGAAGCCAAGCCAGUUGCUGCAGCUAAUCGUGUUUACGAGGACUUUGAUCCUCCAUCAAAUUGGGCAAGCGAGCCAGAACACGACACUCUAAUCCUCGAGCUACCAGGCUUUAAAAAGGAACAGCUAAGGGUUCAGGUAACCUCAAAUCGUAGCCUGAAGAUCACCGGCGAACGCUCGCUUGGUAACAACAAAUGGCGGCGUUUUCAAAAGGAAUUCCCCGUCCCGUCAAAUGUGGACCCCAAUUCAAUCACUGCAAAGUUUGAAGGCGGCAUGCUUUACGUCAAACACCCGAAAGUCAUCACUGCUCUGCCUGGACCAGCACGGCCGGAGCAGGCAAAACCACCGGCGAAAGCUCCAAGGCCCGAACAGAUGCCAAAAAGCGAUCAGCCACAAGCAAAACCACCCGCACAAGCUCCAAGGCCCGAACAGAUGCCUAAAAGCGAUCAGCCACAACAAACUCAGAAGGCUGCUCAAGAAGUUUCUUCUUCAAAGUCAUCCAAUGUGGAUAAACCAACAACUAUUGGGAAAACUACUGCCCCUGUGCAAGCAAACGCCAACAAAGGACACGACGUUAACGAUGCUAACAGGGAUAUUUCCCAAAAGACACCGGAGAAGGAGAAGGAACCGAGCGACGAUGCUGCAAACAAGAAGAAGAGCACAUCGCCCGAUGCCGACAUUACGGCCGGCACAAGUCAUGAAAAGCAGAAAAGGACUCCCGGCGACUCGGUUGUUAAGAAAUCAGAGAAGACGGACAAACGAGCAGUGACCGGAAAUGUGGAUGCCGGCCUUAAAUCCGAUGAUCAGCAAGAAGGUUAUAAGCGAUCGGUUUCUAGUUUGGCGACGGAGCUGACGAAGCCAAAGACAUUAUUGAACUUAAUUGUGGCUGGACUUAUGGUUCUGGUAUUUGUCCUAUAUCUUAAGAAUGCAGUGAAGCCAAUUGGAGGACCUAAAAGUGAACACCCAUAAUGUAUUUAUGUGUAAAUGAGCCAACUUGGCUCUAGCAAUGCUGAUGCCAGUGAAUGUGUUGAAUAAAGUGGCCUGUAAUUUUUCUUUUCUUCCAAGAAAUAAUUAUCAAACAAUAUUGAUUAUAUGGUA